AUGCCUGAACAGAGGCCUCGAAGACAGGAGGAGUCCAACUCGGGCUUCAAGGGUGCCCUCCAGGGCCUCGGAAUCUUCCUGCUGGGACAGUUUGCUGUUAGCCAAUUCUUUGGCAACAAGCAGAGUGCUUCACCCAGUGCCAGUUCGGGUGGUAUUCCUGCGUUCGCUGAUCGCCCGCAUCCGAGCGAGAUCGCCGAGUCCAGUGCCAUCCCCGAUCUCAUCGCUCCUAUCUGGCCGGCCGACAGCGCCGUCGAUCUCAGCAUCUACGUGACACCCUCCAUAAUCGUACCCAACUUCAAGUCCUCCGAUAGCGUACUUGUGCUGCAGGAGAAGAACUUCACCAUCGGAAACUACAGUGACACCCGCGAGAUCGACACCACCAUCAAGGUUCCGAAGCAGGUCCAGCAGAAUGGAACUCUCUGGGCUCACUUUUUCUUGGCUCGUACCGGAUACCAACUGGAUCCAGCUGCCAAGGACUACAACACCGCCGAUGCUGUUCACUUCCUGCGCCCUCUGAACCAGUACCACGCCAAGAAGAAGGUCAAGAAGCUGAAGAACCUCCUGGCUACUGCCGGGGAGGCCGAACAGCAGCAGGAUGAUGACAAUGUCCCGGAUGUCCAGACCAUGUCUUACUACCACCCCAACUUCACCCUUUCUCUGAUCCCAGAUUCUGGAACCCAGAAGUUGGGCCAGUUGCACCCUGCGGCUCGCCAGUACUUGCAGCUGGAGCGCACCGGUGCUCGCGAUGCCACUGGGAAGAACGGAUGGUACUACCCCAUCGCUUUUUUCAACACUUUCUGGCAGUUGAAGAGCCACAUGACCGAGUUGAACUCCACCGUUGAGACACUCCCGUUGCGCAUCACUGUCAACAACAUGGCCAACUGGAAGUUCAGCAUCCUCGCUAGUGUUGAUGAGGGCUCUAAGCAAAGCUCUCGCCAGGCUGCCUACGGUGGCUCUGCCCCUGGUGGUGGUGAUGGAACUGAGUGGGAGAUGGUCAAGGAGAUCUUGUUGGACACUAACAUCUGGCUCCUUGGUACCACCGGUAUUGUCACCAUCCUGCAUAUGCUGUUUGAGACCCUGGCCUUCAAGAACGACAUCUCCCAUUGGCGCAAGAAGAAGGAUAUUGUCGGUACCUCUGUUCGGACUAUUUUGGCCAACGUCUUCAUGCAGGCUGUUAUUUUCCUGUACCUUAUGGACAACAGCGAGAACACCUCUUGGAUGAUUUUGGCCAGUCAAGGAUUCGGUAUCCUGCUGGAAUUCUGGAAGAUUACCAAGACUGUUGAUGUUCGCAUGCGCCCUCCCCCAGCUAACUCUUGGCUCUCCUUCCUGCCAUAUGUGGUCGUCUUCGAGGACAAGCACAAGCUGUCCGAAACUGAGCAGAAGACUCAGGAAUACGAUGAGAUUGCUUUCCGCUACCUGUACAUUUUGGCCGUGCCCCUCCUGCUGGCCUACGCUGGAUACAGCUUGGUUUACAACACUCACAAGUCUUGGUACUCCUACAUCAUCGAGACUCUCGUGGGUAGUGUCUACGCGUAUGGCUUUCUCAUGAUGGUCCCCAGUCUGUACAUCAACUACCGUCUGAAGUCUGUUGCCCACAUGCCUGGAAAGGCCCUGACCUACAAGUUCCUCAACACCUUUAUUGAUGACCUCUUCGCUUUCACUGUCAAGAUGCCUUGGCUCCACCGCCUGGCUACGCUCCGCGACGACGUCAUCUUCUUCAUCUGGCUCUACCAGGGCUGGAAGUACAAGGUUGACUACAAGCGUGUCAACGAGUUUGGCCAGGGUGGUGACAGCGACGAGGAACAGGAGACUACUCCUGCCUUGGAGGACAAGAAGGAGCCCGAGGUUGCUAAGUCUUCUUCGAAGGCUACUCCCAAGUCGGACACUCGCAAGAGAAAGUGA